UCCGGAUCAUUUUACUGACUCUCUUGUUCGAUCUCGUUCAUCAAACUGAACGAAUCUUUAUUCAAGUCAUUUUGUUCAUUUGAGUCGCGUUGUUAUAUUUUUAACACCCAAAUUCCCCAAACACACCCACCUGCGCAAUCUUAAUCAUAUUCUAAAUUAGGAAAUCAUACAAUGCAGCCAAAGAUACUUUAUGAGAAACAUAAAUGAUUACUUUGACCUCCGAGUCUUUCUUUUGUCACGUGUCAUAACGAAUCGCUCAUGAUCGACCAAUCACUAGCCAAUUGCGCCAUUUUGCAAUCUGUUGGCGGUCUAGGAUUGAGCUGCCGGUUACUGCGAUACUGAAUAGCUGGCAGGUGUUCUUCUAUAUACCAUGGUGUCCUCGUUCAGUGUUGUGGAGUUUGUGGAUGAGGUUGACUCCGAUGGCUGCAAGAAAAUGGACAUAAUUCCAUUCGAGUGGUUCAAGGGCACAGAGAGAAAAGUAUGCUGGUGGCCACCAGUCUCACUAUCCAAUGUAACGAAGGCUGUAAAAGAGCACACACCACCAGCCAGCAACUGGAUAGCGUGUAACGUUCGUGUAAUGGGAAACGCAGCAUCUUACGCCGAAGCUAGGGUUAAACUCCACCAAGCUGAGUAUUCAUCAGACUUGACAGACACAGAAAAUAUCUCAAGAAAAAAAAGGCCAAGUGCAAAAAUCCUCCAGAGUCAACUGAGCACCCAACUGCAAUCAAGUGAGAAUUCAGAUUCUUCAGAGGAGCUUCCACCCACUCCACCAAACCAACUCCUUUGGCCAGCAGUGAGAGAAGUGAGCAAUUACUUCCAAAACCCCACUGCCCAACGAGGCACCAGCCCCACAGCUACAAUUACCAGCCCCACAGCCCGAGGAGUUGCCAGCUCCCCAGCUACAGUUACCAGCCCGACGGCCAGAGGAGUGUCCAGGCCCGCAGCCCGAGGAGUUGCCAGCUCCCCAGCUACGGUUACCAGCUCGACGGCCCGAGGAGUUGCCAGCUCCCCAGCUACAGUUACCAGCCCGACGGCCCGAGGAGUGUCCAGCCCCACAGCCCAAGGAGUUGCCAGCUCCCCAGCUACAGUUACCAGCCCGACGGCCCGAGGAGUUGCCAGCCCAACUUGUGAAGCCAUGUUCACUAAAAUUCUAACAGUUUUAGAAGAAGUGAAGGAGACACAACGUGUUCAUGGAAAGAUGUUGAAUGCCCUGCUGAAAAAGCAAGACGGAUCAAUGGUAGAGGUUCCUGAAGGAGUUGUCUUACCUCUGAAAACCCAGGCUGACCUUGAGGCUCUUGAUCAGAAGCUGGGGGAUCGUAGUGUCAUGUCUGCUGUUGUUGCCAUGGUGGCAGAUGUGGGCGGCACAAGUAUAGAUGACGCAACGAGAAGAAUGAUGAAAUACGUCUUUUCAAAUGAGCUGGCAUUGGAGUACAAUUUGUUUGGCCGUCAUGGGAAAAAAAAGUUUAAAGAUUUGCGUAUUUUCAACGUUGUGUAUGAGGCUCUUAAGAACAACCCCCUGACAUCAAAGGUCAACCAGCAAGAAGCUGAGAGGGCACUGUCAAAAUGGUUUACUGGAGCAAGAGACAGAGGAGGACAAAGGGCAUCAAGAAUGCACCAAAAGAUGGCUGCAGUUUAAAUUUGACUGAAAAGGUUAUAAGGUUAUAAGUAGCUGCAUCUAGCUGUUGUAGUUAUUGUGUUUUUUUCUGUCAAUCGUGUUCUCAAAUAUGGUGGGUUGGCAGCUUUCCCAAACACUCAUGGCUGGUUCUAAAAUAGUUUUGUGCCAUUGUGACAUAAACAUGACAUGAUGGUUAGUUAAAUAAAGCUGGAUUUUGAACAUA